CAUAUUUGAAAUAAGAUUGCUUAUAAAUUUUUUUUAUAUAUGCUGUCAGUAACAAGCCCAAUUCCUAAUUUAUGUUGGGAUUUAUGUAUUCCAGGGUGGAUGUGUAGUUUAAGGUGUCGGCAAUUUUUUAACACGAAAUAAAUGUUUUAUUAACAAUCGUAUUGAGUAACAAUAUCUAAUUGGUUAAUAUUUGUUUUGUUUUUAACCGGAAAACCAUUACUUGGUUAUCGUUGAUAAAAGAUAAAACUAAGGACAAUACUAACGAAAACUGAACUAUCAACAUACAUGCAAGAUGGAUAAAGCAGCGCAAAUGUUUGGUAAAAUUGCUUGUUUCUUGUUUCUUGUAGCAAUAUUUAUAAUAGGAAAAUACACUGGUGAAAAUAAGACCAAAUAUUCUAGUAAUUUGAACGGUGCCGCGGAUUCAGUCAAUAUCUCGGACUAUAUGCCUGCUGUCGAAGAAAAGGAAACGUUAGGAAACUAUACCCUAACAACGUCUACAACAGUAGUAAAUCUCCGGAACCUGGGUCCAUUUGAUUUUCUGCCAAACCACAAAAAUCCGUGCUGGAGGAGGAUUGAAUCGAUCAAAACCCUCAAAAGAUGUAUCCCGUACUUUUAUUUGAUUGGUUGUGAAAAGUGUGGGUCUUCUGAUCUGUGGUAUCGUUUGGUACAACAUCCCGAAAUAGCAGCAACUGACAAGGAAAACUUUCACUGGAUCAGUAAAACUAGAUUUCAUGGUUUACCUUUUGAGUUUUAUUUGGAUUGGUUCCAGGCGGCCGUCGAGGGUAAUAUAUCAAAAACAGAUUCCAAGGGAUAUCAUCCGAUGAUAAUAGGUGACGGGAAUCCAUCGAUGAAUACAUACAACGAGUAUUGGAUGCUGGAUCCAGCGAACCAUGAUACGUUUUUGGAACCCCAUUUCACCAAUGCUGACAACAUAUAUUUCCUUAACCCAAAGGCAAAAAUAAUAGCGAUUCUACGCGAGCCUGUGGAAAGGCUUUUCUCCGAAUAUAACUACUUUGCUCGAAACCAGACUUCGGCCAAAUUUCAUGGAGUUGUAUCGAAAAUGAAAGAUUUAUUCGAAGAGUGUAGGCGUACACAUACAGAUAGAUAUUGUGUGAAUACGAAAAAGCCGGAACAAUCUAGUAUAGGGCAAAUUUGGAAAGGGCUCUACUACGUUCAUCUUGGAGAGUUUUACCGAGUUUUCCCUAAGGAACAAAUUCUUGUCCUAAAGCUGGAUGACUGCAAGAUCAAUUAUGACGAGUGUUUGCACAGGACGUUUAAGUUUCUGGAAAUUUCUCCCGUGACAGAGGAAUUUUAUAAAGCCCUGAACACUAACUAUACAGUAAAAAAAUACGAGACAAUAUCCGGCUAGGAUGUGGAAUUCCACCAAAAGAAUGUUAGAAGAAUUUUAUAAGCCUUAUAAUGACGAGCUUGUUAAGAUGCUUGGACCUCAUUUCAACUUUUCUACAAAGUAUUCUCCAUAAUGUUUUGCAUACCGUACUGCAAGAAAAGGAGUAAGAACAAGUAUUUAGUGUUUGAAAUAACUCUUCGUUCACCUUUAAUAGGGUCAGACAUCAAGAGUAAUACUUUUUCGUUUAAAGUAUAAACAGAAGGCUUAGUUUAAUGAUAAAAUGUCAUCAAAUUAGAACUCUGUAGUAAAUAUAAAAAAUGACAUAAAAAUGCUCUUUUUUGCUUAAAAGGGUUAGUAACGCUGUUAAAAUUUGAAUUGUUUAGACUUGGAUUUAGAAACUGUGUUCAAAUUCUGCCAGUUGCUGUUUGGUGUGCGUUCAUAAAAAUCAGUUAAAUAUUCCAAUUUAAACAAAAAAUGUCACCAAUUUACAAUCUGUGAACGAGUCCCUUGAAACUGUUGCUAAGGUGCAUGCGGUGGAUUUGUUGUUAUAAUUUUCAUAUUAAAAGUUUGCUUGCACAUCUACAAGUCAUACACCAUCCACACUUAGUUAUAACCCUUGCACUUGUUGGUGUAUAUCCCGUUUUCUGGUCCACAUUAAGUGAUAAUCACUUUCUGCAAAAUAUAUCACUGGACGUUCAUUUUGCCAUUAGUCAAUGACUGUAUACUUUAGUAGUGUAUGUUUUAACUUCGCGUACUUUUGAAUAUUUACACCCCAACUUCCAUGCCUUACAUGAACUGCCUUUUGGCUUUUGCGAUUAUUAUCCGCUGAACGCAAAAUCUUCGGAUAUGUUCGGAUCGUCAGUCAUCGCAUAACAAUAUACAUGUAAAUUGAAAAUUGUUAGUCUGGUCAUUAUGUGUAUGGUUUUGCAGGGCCGGAAAAACUUAAUUCAAAUUGUAAGAAAGUGUAAAUUUAUGAUAUGUUGAUGCAUUUUUGUGAUUAGUGUUUCAAUUUUACGUUUAAUGAUGAUUUGAGGUGAUUGUUUUUUCCCCCAUUAUUGUGACGUCAUUUGAUAAACUGUUUCCGGUUAAGGUCGGGUCGUUAUAUUUACAGAAAGGGUGACAAAGAAAAACUGAAAGGUUUUCUUAAAAGAAAUGACGUAUUUUCAAUCAAUUUUUGAAUGAAAUAAUUAACGAUUGGUGUAAAUAUAAGUAAUAAAUUGCGUGAUUGAUGUCAUUAUCAGGGAUAUAAAAGCUUAUUCCACACCUUUUAAGUUUUAACUAACCCAACUGCGUGCAUACACCGAUAAUGACAUCAACACCCCAAUCCAUUUGUUAUUUAACAUGACGUAUGGUUAACGUUAUGUCUGAGCUUCAGAAAUUCCAUGUUCAAAAUUAUUCUGAAAUACAAUCACUGUACUAUCUAAGUAACGUUGUUUUCAUUUUCUGUAAGUUUGACUUAUUUGUAUCUAUUAUCUAACAAAAAAAUAAAAUAAAAAGAAUCAAACCAGGUCAUUAUUCCACGCACUAGUCCUUAGUACACACCAGCAUAUACCAUCCCUGCCAUUGAUAGCUGGGGCAUAGUCAUCAGUGCACACCAGUAUAGACCGCCCCUGUCAUUGAUAGCUGGGGCCUAGUCCUCAGUACACACCAGCAUAUAUCGCCCCUGUCAUUGACAGCCGGUGCAUAGUCCUCAGUACACACCAGCAUAUACGCCCCCUUAAUUGACAGCCGGUGCAUAGUCCUCAGUACACACCAGCAUAUACGCCCCCUUAAUUGACAGCCGGUGCAUAGUCCUCAGUACACACCAGCAUAUAUCGCCCCUGUCAUUGACAGCCGGUGCAUAGUCCUCAGUACACACCAGCAUAUACGCCCCC